AUGGCGUGUGGAGCACCUCCUUACUUUCCGAUGGCCAUGCCACUCCCAGCACAAGGACCUGGCCUGAUUGGCAAGACCGUCUAUCAUUACAUGACCCGUGAUGGAGGCCCACCGAACAAGGGCGCUCCUCCGAGCGCACCAACGUCCUCUGGUGCGCCGCCGCCGUAUUCUCUGAUGCCCCCGUGUCAAGGACCAUUCGGUCCCCCGCCAGGUCAAGCUACUGGUCCAUUCAUCAUCCCUCCAGGAAAUGGAUUCCCGGGAGCAAUGUGCGUGCCUAAUGGACCACCACCACCACCUCCUCCUCCUCCUCCUCCCACGGCGCCAACAUGGUUUCAACCACCACCUCCCCCAGCGGCAGGCUUUUCAGCUCCCCCACCGCCACCGCCAAAUGUUGCAGGAGCAGUCGCCUACGCAGCGUCUCAAGCACCCGAGCCACCGGUCAGCGGAAACCGAGUCAAAGAUCAACUUCUGGUGGUCAAAGACAGUGGAGGCCAUGGGCACGUCGCGUCCAAACACCUGGCGACAUUCCAUCUUUUUACCUACAACGUCAUUGACAAGUAUUCGGUGAAUGCCCACAACCAGUUUUACAUCCCACCGCAUUCGUGCGAGCCGUUCCGUGUGAUGACGGCGGCGUAUUCGAUGCCCAUCGAGGAACUGAUUGAACAGCUUGACUGCAUCAAGGUGGCGCCAUCCAUGUAUCCACGCUAUGCCAUCGGACUGGCAGAGGCGUUUGAUAUCGGGAAUGGGUGGUUCCAAGUGGGCAGCAAGUUCCAUCUGGACGAAGACAAGUCCAAGCAGACCAUCAAGGAGGCAUGGAGCGACAACAUUGGCGAGGCCGGCGAAUCACGACCAAAGUAUCUCAUUCGGUUGCCAGGCAAGCGACCUGGGUCAUGA